AUUCUGGCCCCGACGUUCGGCCAGUGCAGUUGUGUAGUGUGAACUUGAAGCGGUGUGUACAGGAUGAACUUGCUCUGUUGUGAAACUUCGGUCAGUAGUUGCGAGUGCAGAGCUUACCCCGAUCCGACCCUGCUCAACGAUGACCGAGUGCUCAAGCACUUGUUGCGCACUGAGGAGCGAUACGUUGCUUCCAGCUCCUAUUUUCAGCGCUUCCAGACCGACCUCACCCCUCACAUGCGAAAAAUUGUCGCUGAAUGGAUGUUGGAGCUGUGUGAGGAACAGAAAUGCCAGGAAGAAGUGUUUUUAUUGGCGAUAAACUAUCUUGAUAGGUUUUUAAAUGUGUGCCCGAUUAGAAAGACACAGUUACAAUUACUCGGCACAGCGUGUUUAUUAGUUAGUUCAAAAAUGCGGGAGCCCCAACCACUCAGCGCAGAAUCUCUAGUCCAGUACACAGGAAAUAGUAUUGAGUUGGAAGACUUAUGGAGGUGGGAAAUGCUAGUACUAAGUAAAUUGAAAUGGGACGUGGCAGCGACGACACCACGUGACUUCCUACCUCACAUCCUACGACGACUUCCCCUCGACCGAGUGCCCUCCCUCGACCCCCACAAAGUGCACGUUCACGCACAGACCUUCAUCACGCUUUGUUUUCGAGAUCACAAAUUUUCAAUGUACACAGCCAGCAUGAUUGCUGGAGCCAGUGUUGCAGCUGCUCUACAUGGACUGAAGUGGACUCACUACGCCGAAUGUAGCUUGACUGAAUUGUUAGAGAUGCUGCAGAGAAUAUUAUCAAUCGAAACGGAUAUUCUUCACAGCUGCCUCGAUCAGAUAGAAGAAAUGAUUGUGUCCGAGAUGCGAGAAGCAAACCCACCCAACGUGGGGGCGGGGGCGCAGUCAGCGGGGGCAGGGGCCAGUGGCGGCAGCUCAUCCCAGGCGUCCGCCUCCGGCCCACAACCGACAAAACCCGAGUCGGCUGCCGACAAGACAGUAGUCGAACACAGUCAGGCCGGGACCCCGACAGAUGUCCGCGACGUGCACUUCUGACUAAAGAAAAAGUCUGCGUUAAACACCGCUCAAGCUGAACAAUUACCUUAGAAUGUAACCGAAAAUAGAAACGUUCAUUUCAAUUUUUUACGUUAAUCGUUAAUUCGUCAACGAUCGAUUACACUUAUUAAUUAUUUAUUACGAAUAUUUCGUGCAAUCCUACCAUACAACUGCCAUAUACACUAGUUACAAAACGUUUAACCAGUUCACCUCUUAACAUAUCAAUACAAUCAAUAUUAUUAGAUUUCAUUACUUUAAGUACACGCGCAACUGACGAAAGUUUUCCAUUUCCAUAUAGGUGUCAUUUUGUCAUUAUUUAUUAUUGAGAAGAUAUUUUUUCUUGUAAAAGUCAAAUUUUCAUCAUGUUGAAUUCAUGACUGGAGUAACACAGUCAAUGCUACUUGAAUUUUGAGCAUUAACAAAUUAUCAAAUAACCUACUUAUCAUUACCAUGUCCAUAGAGCAGAGCUUAUAGUAUCCGGAAGAUACCACAUCAUUUCGACAUUUAACACGUUGUAAAAUUUUCUCAAUAAUUAUCUGUUUUGUACGGUAAAUAAAUGAUGCACAACUAAUGUGGACUAAUGUGACUAAGAACCGUCCACUCAACCUAAUUAACUUGACUGCAUAAAAUUUUUAUUUGAAAACUAUCAAUUCAGCUUUCAUUUGAAUAUUUGAGACCUACCAAUAUCCAAUAAUUAGGAUAUAUAUCAUCACUAACAAAUACUGUAUAAUUGAGUUCACAUAAUAUAAUAAUGAUAAAUAUGACAAAUAUUUUAUGGCAACUGUGGAAAAUUACAAAUAACUUGAUCAUUCAUAGAUCAGGCCUUAUCUUAAUCUUAGCUUUAUUUCAGUUAUUGAUCAUCAAUCAAUGCAAAAAUAGUUAUGGUGCAACAUAUUAUAGAAUUAAGUAUAUCCUAAGCUGUUAACGCAGAUUAUUUUAGCAUUCUUUUUGAAGAUAAUACGGAAUUUCAAUUCCUUGAGAGAAAAAAGACGAAAGAAGAGUGAGUUUCAGCUAUACAACGAGUUUGUUGUUAAUGAUUAUAAAACCGAUCUGUACUGGCAAUUAAUUUUGCUCAUUCAGUGGUACCAGUGUGAUAGAACAAAUAUUACAGUUUGCGUAGAGGCUGAAACAAACAUUAUUGGGGAAGGCAAGAAAUUACGCUUUAAGUUAUAAUUAAGUUUAAAGAAGUGAGUUUUAAUUGCUAUAUCGAUAGCGAUACGAUUGAGAUAUUGAUGAAAGUAUGUAUAAUAUUAUUUCAAUAUGAGUGAAUCAAGUGAUGUGUACAGAGCGAUGAUAUGCUUUACCAAUAAACUGACUUUUGUACAGUUGAUGACGAUUUUAUAUUAGGAUUAGGAACGGGUAGAUUUUUGCGCAAUCGUUUCAUUGUACAUACAUGAAAUUAUAUUUGUAGAUUUCAAGUCGGUAAUGCAAAUAUAGUCAUAUCGAGUCAAUUAAGAUAUUAAGAUAGGUAUUAUCUUCUAGUUUUUAUUUCGAAAGUGAGCGAUAUUUUUAUAUUAUAUUAUUGUAAUAGGAUUGCCGCCUGCCCUGAGACCGGCAAUCAUACCACAUCGUAUAAAAUAGUACAAUCAUUGAAACUUCUUUCCUAGUGCUUCCAGAAUGUAGAUUAGUAGAUUAGUAUUUGUAGAAUGAAAAAGUUUAUUAUGUUAGAAAUGUGAAAGUUUUAUCAAAAUAUCGUGUUCGUUUAUAUGUAUCUGAAUAUAGUGAUCGAGUCCACACUAUCAAGUGGAAACUGUAAUAUUCCUUGAAGCGAUUGACAAGCAACUCAGUAUUUUUCAUUUUUUAUUCCAUGGUGAAUAACAGUUCUGAGAUCUAUUUUCUGUAAUGGAAUUGUUAAUUUGAAACAUAUUUAUCUGAUAUAUACUUAUAUAUAUAUAUAUCGCCAUCAAUGGCCUAAAUAUUCGAUGGCCUGAACGUAGUCCCAACUAAUUUUGGCAUAAUGUUGCUUACAAUUGGAAAUAAAAUCUAUUUUUCAAUAGUAUUAUGUUGUGUGCUUAUUAUAAUCAUUGGAAUAUCAUGUUGAUUUAUCUAGACAUUGACAUGAGAAAUAAUUUGGUUGGUAGAAAACAGUAACUCCGAAAUACUGAUAGUUAUGUAGGAGCUCCAGCAUAAAACUACUGUAGCUUGCAGUGUUUUAUAAGGACGAAAACGAAUAAACAUUUCAAAUUCGAGUUAUUACUAGAUCGUUUACUCUGGUAAAUAAUAAUUAUGCUCCUUGCUAUAGAAAAAACUUAUGUAGAAAAACAAUAUUGUAUUACAAAAAUUAAGUACCUGAAUGGAUUAGCCAGGGUGUGGUAGAUAUUCUUCAAUGAAUGCUACUGUAAUGUAUUGCUUGAAUUGGAUAAUUGAUCUGUUGGAUUCUGAUAUAGAAAUAAAAUAUGCAAAUGUUUGAAAUUCAUGACGAAAAUUCGAUAGUUAGCUUACUUAUGAUGUAUUUAUUGCUUCAGUAUAAUUUUUGUUCUGAGUUAUCAUCCUUGAGAAAAAAACAGAAAACAUCAAGAAAAACUCACUAUAAUGAAAAAGGGUUCAAUGCAACAAUUGUUUCAUAAAUAUUAAUUUGCUUAUUCAAGUGAAAUCACACAAUAAUAUUAUGUGAAUUAGAAAUCUUAGUUAAUAUACAUUGAUUAUAUUCGCUUCAGCGUAACAAUUGUAUCCAUAUGGUUUAUAAGUGAGGAUUCAUGUACGAAUUCAAUAAAAAAAUAUAAAACAAAAAGAAAAAUAUGUUUUGGUCUAUUGUAUUAUUGUAAAAAGUAUGUUAUUCGAUUUACUGAUUAUAGUUUCCUACGGUACAAUCAAUUUAUUGUAUUUCAAAUUUGUGUAUAAUAUAACAAUAACAUAUAAAACAUAUAUAUGCGAAAAAUAUUUUAUAACUAUUGUAUUGAUUUUGAAAGAUGUCAGAAAAAAUGAAUAAAGUGAUGAUUUAUUUACCUGAGAA